CACAUAUCGCGGACUCAGGGGCUCGUAGUGCUUGCUCUGUUUCCACUCAGGCUCACGGUAUGUAGGUUACAAAGGCGUAGCAUAUACUUUGUCAUUUAUCGCGAGCAUCUCCUCCGCUUCGAUUUCUCUUUUCCGGUUCCCUUAUGCUAUCACAUGAGUUUAGCUGAAUCCUUUUCAUCAUCUCUUCCUUCGGCUCACAACUUUGGUUCCAUUUCUUCUCUACCACCACGAGAAUCCCUAAAAGACCCAUCUUCCUGGCUCUAAUCAGGUGCUUUUAGCUGGUAUGGCUCGAUUCGUCACAAACAUGUCGACGACAACACGCCUACUCGCACAAUCAGUCCCUAAAAACGGUGUGACACUACCACCAUGGCUUCACAACAUCACUCAAAGUAUUUCAGCUGCGCCCAAGCUCUAUGCCUGGACUCCCCAAAACCUACCAAAUAGCCGAAACAAUGGACAAUUCCAGUCGGCAACGCCAAAGGACCUUCAAAGGCGCAUCUUUAUUCUUGGCAUUGGUAAUCUCGGUAGGCUCUAUGCCAACUCCCUGGGAAAACUGGGUGAAGAAGUCCCGGUGACACUCGUCCUUCACCGGAAAAGUUUGUUAGAGCACUGGGUUUCCGAGCCGGGUAUUGAGCUGACACGACACGGCGUUACCGAAAAAAUAUUAUCUUUCGACGUAGAGUGGUGGACAGAGGAAGCACCAGCACAUGGGCCUGUGAGGGAGGUCUGUGACGGGCACAAGAUCGCUAACCUUUUGGUCGCCACCAAGGCUCCAGACGCUCUGCCUCAGGUAGACAGACUGCGGCGCUAUCUCGAUGGGAACUCAACUGUCGGGUUUGUUCAGAAUGGCAUGAACAAGUUGUGGCCGCCUUUCGGCGCCAUAUAUAGUGAGCAUCGCUUCCCGCCUAGACAACACCCGAACUGGCUGGUCUGUGUGACGACCCACGGCGUGUUUUCUCUGGGUACCUUCAAGAGUGUUCAUGCCGCUCCCGCUGAUAUCGCCAUGGGCUUGGUGUUGCCCAACCCAAACACGGCACACGCAGCAGACUACCUUAUGGAACAAAUUGGGAGGGCGCCCGAGCUGGAGGCUCGUAAAGUGCCACGGAAUGCACUCUGGGUUCUUCAACUGGAAAAGCUCAUCAUCAACUCACUUAUCAACCCCUUGACAGCUGUCAUCCGUUGCAUGAACGGUCAUCUUUUUGACCAGCCAGCACCUGAGCUGAAGAAGCUCAUGGACAUUUUGGUAGAUGAGGCUAGUCAAAUACUCCAGGCUUUGGCUCAACACCCGAGUAGCAAAGAUAUUCUCUCUGGUGCUGACUCGGCCCCGGAUGCCGACUUGAGCAAGGAAGCUCUCGUAGAGCGUUUCUCGGCUGUGCGGCUUAACGCAAUGCUGCAACGAGUUGGAGAAAAGGUGAAAAACAACAGGAGCUCCAUGUGUCAGGAUGUUAUGGCUGGGAAACAAACCGAAGUUCGAGAGUUCAACGGCUGGUUGGUACAGAUGGCGGAAUAUCUUGGCUUGGAAGCGCCCAACCAUAAAAAACUCUGCGAGCUUGUGGAAGGCGGUGUUAUCGGGGAAACAAGCCUCCUGGAGGCUUACUUUGGCAAGAAGUAGAUGCCUUAUAUCAAGGAGAAGGUCGUCCUGUGCCGAAUGUACCAUGAUGUCGAUGAAGUGCCAAGCAACGACAUCUGGCCUUUGUUGUCGAGUACAAACCACAAUCGCCCAUUGGAAGGCUCUCGGUAGCCACAGGGACGGUGCGCCGACUUGAGGCACUGACA